AAAGAAGUUUUUAUAUAAAAUAAGAGAUUUGUUAAGGGAAAAAAAAAAAAAAAGGCCUUCUUUCUUUUGGACAAAAACUUGGGUUUUUGACUUUUAGAAAGGAGAACGUUGAUAUAGGCCGUCGCAACGGCAAUGUAUAUUUCUCUUACCGUCUCAGCGCUCUGAAAAUUGGAGGAAAAAAAAAAAGAAACUGAGAAACAAAUCCAGAAUUUUAAAAGUUCUGAUCAUGAGUUUCCGAUUUCAAUUCCAUGUCCAAACCCAGAAACUACUUCUUCUUCAAUGGCUUCUUUUCCUUUUCCUCUUCAUCUUCUUCUCCAUUUCAUCAGCUUCAAUAGCACCAGGCUCUUCUCUCCACGCUUCGAACCCAGACCAAACAUGGCUUUCUCAGAACAGCACCUACUCACUUGGAUUCCUUCACUCCGACCCACCCACGUCGCCUCCUUCCUUCAUCGCCGGAAUCUUCUACUCCGGCGGAGUUCCCAUCUGGUCGGCCUUAGAUUCCUCCGGCUUACCCGCCUUGGUUGACUCCGGCGCCUCCCUUCAGUUCCUAUCCUCCGGCACUCUCCGACUCGUCAACGGCUCAGGAACCACCGUCUGGGAUUCCAAGACCGCCGGCCUCGGAGUCACCUCCGCCGUGCUCGACGACGCUGGGGACUUGGUCCUCAAAAACGGGUCGGGCACCGUUUGGUCCACCUUCGACAACCCGACCGAUUCCAUCGUGCCGUCGCAGAAUUUCACAGUUGGUCAGACCCUGCGAUCUGGGUUGUACUCUCUUCGUAUCCUUAAGAAUGGUAAUAUUACCCUUUACUGGAAUAAUACCAUAGAGUAUUGGACUCAAGGAAAUUCAACCUUUGAAGGCAAUUUGACUUCACCAAUUUUAGGAUUACAGUCUAUAGGAAUCCUAUCAAUAUCUGAUCGCAAUUUGUCUAGUCCUCUUAUUGUAGCUUAUAGUAGCGAUUAUGCUGAAGGCAGUGAUAUUUUGAGGUUUCUGAAAUUAGAUAGUGAUGGGAAUUUAAGGAUUUAUAGCUCUGCUAGAGGUAGUGGGACUCCAACUGAGAGAUGGGCAGCUGUUACUGAUCAGUGCCAAGUUUAUGGGUACUGUGGAAACAUGGGAAUUUGUAGUUACAAUGAUUCAAAUCCUGUUUGUGGUUGCCCAUCUCUGAAUUUUGAUCCAGUUGAUCCUAAAGAUAGUAGAAAAGGGUGUAAAAGGAAGAUGGAGAUUGAGGAUUGUCCGGGGAGCGCAACAAUGCUGGAUUUGCCGAAUACACGGUUUUUGACAUACAUUCCUGAAUCCAGUUCUCAGAUUUUCUUUGUUGGUAUAUCAGCCUGUAGGUUGAAUUGUCUUGUGAGUGGUUCUUGUGAUGCCUCCACAGCAUUGUCUGAUGGUACGGGGCUUUGUUUCUACAAGACUCCGGGUUAUCUAAGUGGUUAUAAGUCUCCGGCGCUGUCCAGCAGUUCUUAUAUCAAGGUCUGUGGACCUAUAAAUCCAAACCCUACUGCUUCUUCGCAGAUUGGUGGCAAGAAGGAUUGGAGCAUUCGUCCUUGGGUGGUGGUUGUUGUGAUUGUGGCGACGCUUGCUGGUUUGAUUGCACUGGAGGGUGGUUUGUGGUGUUGGUUUUGCAGGAAUAGCCCCACUUUUGGGGGAUUGUCUAAUCAAUAUGCUCUCAUCGAGUAUGCUUCUGGCGCACCUGUUCAGUUCUCUUAUAAGGAGCUCCAGCGCUCAACCAAGGGAUUCAAGGAGAAGCUUGGGGCUGGAGGAUUUGGGGCUGUUUAUAAGGGUAUUCUAGCCAAUAGAACCGUUGUUGCAGUGAAGCAGCUUGAGGGAAUUGAGCAAGGGGAGAAACAAUUUAGGAUGGAGGUUGCAACUAUAAGUAGCACCCACCAUUUGAAUCUGGUGAGAUUGAUUGGUUUUUGCUCGGAAGGUCGUCAUAGGCUUUUAGUAUACGAGUUCAUGAAAAAUGGUUCUCUUGAUAAUUUUCUCUUUGAGACAGAAGAAUACUCAGGAAGACAGUUGAACUGGGAGUAUCGGUUCAACAUUGCCCUUGGCACUGCCAGGGGGAUCACUUACCUCCACGAGGAGUGUCGGGACUGCAUUGUCCACUGUGAUAUAAAGCCGGAAAACAUCCUUUUGGAUGAAAACUACAGUUCCAAAGUAUCAGACUUUGGCCUUGCAAAACUCAUUAAUCCAAAGGACCACAGGUACAGAACGUUGACUAGUGUAAGAGGGACCAGAGGAUAUUUGGCACCAGAGUGGCUUGCAAAUCUUCCAAUAACUUCAAAGUCUGAUGUUUAUUCUUAUGGUAUGGUUUUAUUAGAGAUAGUGAGUGGUCGGAGGAACUUCGAAGUUUCUGCAGAAACAAACCACAAAAAGUUCUCCAUGUGGGCUUAUGAGGAAUUUGACAAGGGAAAUGUCGAGGGAAUUCUUGACAAGAGGCUAGCUGACCAAGAUGUUGAUAUGGAGCAAGUAAUAAGAGCAAUUCAGGUUUGCUUUUGGUGCAUACAGGAGCAACCAUCUCAAAGACCAAUGAUGGGAAAAGUGGUACAGAUGCUAGAAGGGAUUAAAGAAAUUGAGAGACCACCAGCUCCAAAGGCUGCUACAGAAGGAUCUCUUAGUGGAACCAGCAUGAAUGUGAGCAGUAAUGUCAGUGCUCUAUCCACUAUUGGAGCUUCAGCCCCAGGGCCGUCCUCAACUUCGUCAUUUCUAGCUGCACCAGUUUCACCUUUGGGGAGGAAUACAGAGAAGGAAUCUUCGUCCAUGUUAGGUUCAUCAAGGAUUUAAAUAUUAUCUUCUUGUGUGAAUCCAUAGACUAGUUGUUACUAUCAUUGUGAAUGAUUGUAUUGGGGUUUCAUUCCCUAUAGAAAUUAUUAGUUGGUUGGUUGUGUU